AUCUAGCGCUAUUCCUCACACCACCGUGCUCAUCGCGACUGCACGUAGGUGGCCACUCUUCAUCCUUCACCAAUUAUACACCUUGCUCGUUGCCUGCCUCCGCGGGAUCGCGACUGGUAUCAAGCCGAUCUACCAUUUCGCGCAGAGAAAACCAGCCAAGAUGGUGCAAAUCCCGACCAUCACCAUAACGCCUGCUGAACACGAGGAGCCGAGCUCACGUGAGAGCGUCAAUAUUGGUGCGCUGCUGGAGGAGAUCAGCGAAGGGACUGCAGGACUCGGGUCGCUCCUGGGGCACGCAAGUCUCAGUUCUGACGAUUGUUCCGAGCAUGGCGUCGCCGAUGAGCCGCGGACAGAUGAUCUCCUGCUCGAUGUAUCUUGCGGACAGGUCGACGAUGAAGAGGAGUUUUUGGGUGCCGGUGGACAGGAGCUGCAUGUCAAGUGUCAAGACCACGAAAUCAGACUAGACGCUCCUGAUCCGACCCUGCCUGAUGCAAUAGCCAGCGAACCUGAGAUUCACGACAUCUGUUCACGGGAUUUUGUAGAAGGGGCGAUUAAACUUAAGAGUCCAGUCACUUAUCCGCCACUAGUGCCUUCUGGGGAAGAUGAAGAAAUAGCCUCGAUUCCUCAUAAAGCCGGGUAUCCUAUUGACCACCUGACGCCAAAGGAGAGUGCUCCUGGUGGGCAGCCGAUACUGUCGGAAGGAGACGCCCACCAAAAGACUAUUCCUGGCAGCACCGUGCUUCGUGCCCUAAAAUGGGAGGGUAUCUAUGAUAACCAGAACGUUCUUAACCUGGGGGUCGUGAUUGAUGUCCCUGAACCGAAAGCUCCUAGUCGUUGUCCAGGGACUACGUCAUCUAUGGAUGAAUCCCCCGGCGAUCUUCAUAGGGCCGUCCAGCUCCCACUACCGGACAGCUUGCAAGCCACGGUGAAGAUUCGGAGUUCGCUGGCGCCUAGCCACAGCGAGGCCUCUGGGCCAUUAUCGAGUGUUCAAGGCGAGGAUGAAAGGCGAGUUGACAGUCUAACAGUCCUGCCUCAAGAGAACAGCCCCGAUAAAACAUGCUUCGCGCCGGACAAUGAAAUAUUCAUGCCCGAGGGAGCUAUGGAAACGGAAAAGUCAGCUUUCGUCCCCUUUGUGCCCCCCUCUUCGGCUCCAUGGAAAAAGUAUGUCAAUCGGGACAGUGGUUUCCCUACGACAAUGCCGGAGGCAUCAAUACCUCGCAAAAUCCCCUCUGCGGAGGUGUUUUUGCAAAAUGUUCAACCGUCAACAGCUCCGAACAGCAAGGGAUGCCCCUCUGGAGUAAAGGAAGGCUCCACUAAAAUAACGACAUACGAUAAACUUUAUUCCGUAUCCAACUCCGAUCUUGCAGGCCAGGAAUCAACCAGCAAGAUAUGGGAUUUUCCGAAAUCGAGAACGAACGCACCAUUCCACCGGCUCUUGUCCGCAUCCAUCCACGCUCCUUCAGGACAACCAUCAGAACCAAUUCAUCAUAUUGAUGUUUGGGGAGCCACUGAGUCCAUCCCCGCAAUGUCCCAGUCAAGAAGACCCCCACACGUGGUUCUUAGCAAAAACUGUCCGGACCAUCGAGCAGCGUCCUUUAUACCGCAAGGCUCGGCUACGAAGAGUGCGUUGACGAGAUCCGGUCCGCCUCUGCGACUCGCUGGACGAAGCCUGGAACAAGGCGACUGUGCCUUGAAUGUGAACUUCCCGGACCCGACCCAGUCAAGGGAGUACAUGGCUGAUCAAUGUGAUCCCAUCGCAAGGGCCCACGGGCUGCCGCCCUUACGCUCUGCCGGCACCUACGCAACUCAUGGAAGCGUCCCCCCUCGGACGGUUUCGGGUGCCAAUCAUAUAACGGCUCACAGAGAUCCUUCGACACGCGAGCCCAUCCCAGACUGGGCAGCCGAAGCUGCUGCGGAGCGAAGGUCAGCAGUCAUACCGCCGAACGUGUCUCUGGGAACAUCAGCAACCCGUGUAUCUUCGUUGCACCAGCCUACAGGUACAACGACAUUACACACGCCCAUCCCGAGGGAUGUUAUGACUACAGGGUCAAAACACGUUUCAUCCAAAGUGACCAGAUGGGCUGCCGAAGUGUCACGCGUGCGAGAGCCUGCAGCAAGCCACAUUCUGGAGGGUUCUAGUCUCGAUCCGGGUGAAGGAGUUCAACAGAGGCCGCCCCUUCUGAACCGUAAAUCGAAGACAUCGUUAUCGCUAGACGAUACGCCAGCCAUUUUCCCAAGCACAACUGGAGCGGCUUAUCACGGUCAAAGGUCAGAGCCUUCCGAAUUUGCAAAACAAAAACGUGUCGCUGAAACGCGCAGAAGAGAACAAACAAAGAUUUUCGAGGGGCAGGACAGCUCCUACUACGAACCUGGUUGCGCAAAGAUGUGGGAAGAUAUUCUAUUGGAGGCGAGACGCAUGAACGGGGAUAUGUGGAGGUCGCCUUCGAAUGCUACAGUGAGCGACUUCAGCUUGAGCGAGUGGUUUAGUCGAGGAAAAGAUCCAAUCUCUGGAGAAGACAUCGAGAGGAUGAUCCAUAUGCUCCAAGGGGGUCAUGAAAGGUAAACUUUCAAUGGACCAUGGACCCGGGCCCCGUCAUUCAGCAGCCAUGAUUUUCGGAACAGCUUUUGUGCAUUCGAGCCUGUGGAUAGUACUAGUGUCGGUGAUGUUUUGUACCGCCUUUUGUUUUGUAUCGACGUAG